GGGAGGGGUGGGAGAGGAGCGUACGUUUGUUAUCGGAAAAUUUUCCUCGUAGUAUUGUGUUUUGUCCUUCGCAAAAAGAAAAAAUAUACAUAGUUCACGCUUGAAGAUUUUGUGUUAUUGCAAUUCAAUAACACUGCCAUGGCCUCAGAAGAAUGGAGUAUUAAGUUACAUGUUAAUCAUGGAAUUAGAUCAAAUUUCAAAAGAAUACUCAUUCAGUUUUCGCCAAUGGCUAGUAAAGGCACGCCAAAAAAGUACUACAAGAAUCCAUCUAAAUCGUCGGUCAAUAUCUCGCGCUGCAGACUCUGUAAUUCUGUUGGUGAUCCGAGGCAUUGUAAAGGUUUGUUUCGGGACUCUAACGUCGCGAUUUUACGUGACGUUGAGACUAUUUUCGGCGAUAAGUUGCCACAAAGUAGCAACCUUCCGCACUUGAUCUGUCGGCCAUGUGAGAGAAGACUAAAAACUGCUAUACUGUUAAAGAAAACAAUUUACGAAACGCAGCAACAACUACAAGAAGAAAUCCGUGCCAAACGUUGUGUUGAGAUAUCGCCGUCGGUCGAUAAACCAGCACCCAAAGUUCGAGCAACUGGGAUUACGCGUCGACGCAGUAUUGAUUUUGACAUCGCUACCUCUGAAAGCGCAAGUCCUACAACAUUACCUUCACAAGAAGGUGAAUUAUUGGAUUUGGCUAAGGCAAAUCAAGAAUUGAUUGAGGUUGCCAGAAGAAGUGAACCAUCUGUUCUCAGGCAAAUAUCCUAUGAUGGUAUGUCAGAUGAGGGUUGGAUGUCGGAAGUGUUAGAAGAGAUGGCAACCAGAUGUCCAGUUGUGAACAAAAUACUGCUAUCUCUGAUAGAAAGCAGCAUCUAUCCGGGGAAGAAGAAUCCUGGCAUCUGCUUAAUUUAUGGCAUCAUAAUGUUCUUAAGAUGCCAUGAAUUGAGUAGAAUUCAGAGAAUAAACUCGGUUUUGUUGGUACAAGGUCAAGCAUCUGUUAAUUGUAUUGCCAAAUUGAAUAAAUAUGGGCUAUGUCUUGAGCCCACCAAAAAGUACAAGAUCCUUGACGAUGUUGGAAAACAUUUACUUGACCGUGCCACAGAGCUAGUGAAGUCUGGUUACAAGUUUGUCUACGUAUUAGACAAUAUCGACUGGGAAGAAAAAGCACAUGAUAUGAGGCAGGAUAUUCAAAACCGUAGCGUUCAUGCAGUUGCUUCCAGUAUUGUCUUUAAUCGAGUACCAGACCAAGGCUUUUCUGACUCUGGUCCACAGCAGGAUCUCAGGAAAAUCAAUGCCAGGGAUGUGGUGGCUGUAAAUGAUUCAGAGCUAAAAGAGAUACGAAGUCGGUACCAGGUCAUCAUUGCCAAAAUUUUGUUUGAACAUUUACCAUCCUUCGCCAUGUUUCAACCAUUUACCCCUCAAACCACCAAAUGUGUUUAUUCCAAAGAAUUAUCCGAAAAAUCUGAGGUUGUCACAAUGCCAGUACUUAUGAAAGAUGAAAAGAAAUACUCGGACUGUGUUGAUGUUUUGGACCAACUUGAGAAGUGGACUCGUGAAAUAUAUUCAUCAGCUGGACUGUGUGCACCAGAGCCUGAAGAAAACUGUGAAAGUACACCUGCAAUUGGAACAACAUCAAGACCUGAUCAACCUGCCUCACAUGUCCCACCAGCUGCAUCUGAGAGUGAUCCAUUGCAUGGUGUGAAAGUACCAUGCUUUGGAGAUCAACUCACCCGUGUUAGAUUUGCUGGGGCAAAAGAUUUACGUGCUGGGUGCCAUUCAGCCAAGCAGAGGUUGGAUCAUCUCUAUCCCUUUUGCAUUGUUGACUGGCAUACGAAGAGAAGUUAUCUUAAGACUGUUUUUAAGAAAUUAUAUCUCAAUUCUGGAAGGGAAAAGGGUACACUUCGCUUCUUCAGGGAAAAGCUAAACAGGAGAAAUGUUACAGCUGAUGUCAAACACUAUGAGGAUUGUGAGCAGCUGUUUUUCAGUGUUGGUAAGUGUUUUGUUAUCGAAGCCCUUUUGGAGUUUUUCCAAAUGGGUGAUGCAAAACACAAGCCAACAGCAAACGGUCCUCAUAGUGUUUAUGUUCUCAGUGAAGAGUACCAGAAGAGCUACCUCAACAAUACCCUGGACAAAUUCCUCAAUGAGUAUGUUUUUGUUGGUGAUGAUGAGACUGUGGCAACUGAUGAUGAGACUACGUUAUCUGGUGAUGAUGAGACGACUGAUGGUGUUUGGGCCUACAGUAUAAACAUCUUGAAGUCAUUCCUUCUGCUGGCAGAUAUAAAGGAUGCUGUUGCAACAGGUAAUGGUGAGUACCUGUGUGUGUUAAGAAAGCAGCUGUUACAACAUUUCUUUUCCACUUCUGGUUUUAAUGAGUUUGCAAUUGAAAUGUUCAUCAAUAUUUUGCAAACCAAAGUCCUCUUAUCAGAAGCUGAAGCCCAUAGAUGCAAAUGGGCUGCUACUGUUAAUUGGAAAGGUGGGAAUGGAAAGAACAUUGAAAUUGAUCUAUUUCAAGAGAACCGCAACUGCGAGAUGAAAAAACUGAUUCGUUCUAUGGGGGCUAACAAAACUGAAAAGGCAAUCGAAAGGGCAAGCAAAGCAUCAGGAGGAGUUUCGAAAUUGUGGAGGCAUUCGAAGGUCAGGUGA